AUGGCUUCAGGUUCACCGUCGUCCUCUCCGGACACUGCGACGGGCUCGGGUACGGAUCCAGCCCGGCCCGACACGGGGGAGCCUCUCGGGGGAGCGGGCUCGGACUCGGACUCUGACGUGGGCUUGGAUAAGUUUGACUGCAGCGCCAUGGAAAUGGGGGACCGGCUGGAGGGGGACGAGCUGGAGCAGGAGUUUGAAUCCGCGGCGGACCGAGUCAAAGACCUGAUCCAGACGGCCAGCCGGGACCAGCUUCUCUACCUGUACGCGCGCUACAAACAGGUGAAGGUGGGGAAGUGCAAUACGACAAAACCCGGCUUCUUCGAUUUUGAAGGACAGAGAAAAUGGCAGGCGUGGAAGCAGCUUGGAGACAUGGAGUCGGAGCAGGCAAUGAGGGAGUACAUCUCCUGUGUCAACAUCUUAGACCCUGAAGGCGCCACAAAGGAGAGGCGAGGAGCAGAGAGGAGGACGGGCUUCGGGGGAGCUACAGUCAGCUCUCUUUACCAGGAGGAGAUGAUCAGGUAUGGCCGUCAGAAUAAAGCCGGACACCACCCACCACACCCCGCCCUCUGCCAGGUGCACUGA